GGACAUGGGACUCCACAAGCGCUUAGUACCGGGAUACAGAACUUUUCCGUCGGUUCUGUGACACUACCGCUGACAUUAUUCGGAUCCUGUGUAUACUUAAGCCCUUUGAACCGUACCUAUCUAUCUCUCAGACUUAUCACCUUCGACAUACCUAUCACUGACACAAGGAAAAUCAAAUGGGCCCCUUCUCCAUCGUGUCCCGUAUUUCCCUCGAUGUCGGGAUCUUAUUUUGGGAUAUCCUCCUCACCCUCUCCAAUCUCAUGAGGAGGAAGCGUCGCAUCGGGUAUGUCACCCCCGAGGGCCACCCAGGCUAUGGGAAGUACUGGCCCGAGUAUAGGCCUCCCAAGGAGACCGACUCCCGCUGCUCUUGCCCUGCACUCAAUGCGAUGGCCAACCAUGGUAUCAUCCCACGCAGUGGCCGCAACGUCUCGUUUAUCGAGGUUGGCCAUCAUAUUCGGGCAACAUACAACUUCAGUCCUAGCUUCUGCUCAUUUGUGCCGCGCUUUGCCGCUCGUAUGCUUGAGAAAAACUACAGCGAGGACUUAUUUGAUUUGGAAGAACUUGACCUACAUAAUGGUAUUGAACACGACGGAUCCCUCUUGCGCCUCGAUUCUGCUCUCGAACAGACGCAAUCAACAAAGCACGUACCUUUCAUUGAAGAGUUACUUGCAGCAGCUACCGGCAAGGACAAAAAAGACAAUACUGUCAUCACCACCAAAGAUCUCUCCAGGAUACUCGGCAAGCGGCGUGUAGUCGCACGCGCAGUAAACAAGGAGUUCUCUCUCAGCCUUUUCCACAAGAUCUUUGGGAGCGCAAAUGCCGCGACCCUAGUCACUAUCUUUGGAGGCCGUGUGGACGACCUCCAUAACUUCCUUCAUGAAGAACGACUCCCAGAGGACUGGGAGUCGCACAUCCGCCAACGUCACGGAAUAACUAUGAUGCAAUUAAACAAGACCAUACUAGGAAUUGAGCUUCGCGUGCGUGAGCAGGAUUGGGCAGAUGCCGCACGGGAGGCUGCAGAAUGUCAAAAGGCUUCUGUUCGAAAAUCCUCCCCGAAGCUACAUACUUGAACGUGACGUUGGGAACUCGUUUGACGUUACCGACUUUAUCUGCUUGAUUGCGACACCCAGUACCCCUAACAAUGAUUAUGAUGAGUUCAUUACCUUUGAAUAUACAUUAAUGUUCUUGGUCGUUUCGCUCACAGU